GAUCGCUAAUCUAGUAAAAUGAAAGCUGUCAAGCAUUAAACCUCAAUUUUAAUUGAACUUUUUUUGUAUGCCUACUGUAUUGUAUUGUAGCUCUUUAAUUUUAUAGAAUUGUUUAAAUUUCUCGAGAUCAAUACCGAUUUAAAAUGACAAUUAUAUAAGUGGAGAUCAAAACUGUUAAUUAUUCAGUGGUUAAUUAUCUCGAAUUUCGGAUCAAAGUUUUUCUCGCCGACUAAUUUGCAUAGCGAAAUAAAUGCAUGAAUAAAACGGUUUCUAACCUGCACUCGAUAUUAUUUUUGGCCCAGUUUCGAACAAUUCUCGUCCUACUUUUUGUUUUUAAUCUAGUAAGUCCUUUAUAAAGUAAUAUUAUUCGAAGUUUGGUCGAAAUCGGAUCAUUUCUAUCGUUCGUAGCUUCGAGCCAUUACUCUAUUUUAUGCCUCUAUUUUGAACGACAAAAUGCAAUUUAUUAUCUAUCGGCUUACGGUUAGUAAAAGAUACAGCAUGCUUAACGAAUGAAGAUAAGAAGAUUUCAGUGUAAAGUAGCCUAAUCAGAAAUUAUUCGUAGGAUUUAACAGCGAUGAUUCAUCGGCCGCUACGAAAUAAUUGCGUGUACGGGAAGCGAUGAUUGGACGUCGGUCCGAUGACGUCACUAACCCGUAAGCAAACAACAUGUCUUCCGGACGAAAUUAAGGCAGCGAAGAACGAUUCCGAUUAAAUUAUGGAAAAAACUAUAGAUUUUAACGUCGAAGACGUUUACGACUUGGCAGCGGAUAUCGGGAAGGAAUUCGAAAUUAUUAUCGACGGUUACGGAGUCGAUUUAGUUACAAAUUUAAUGACAAAAGUCAUUUAUGCGCUGGAACAUUUGGAGACGAGUACGUUAGUUAAAGAGAAGUUAGAAAGCGAUUUAAAUGAUUUAAGGACGACAGUUGCACAAUUAGAAUACGAAAAACUGGAAAAAGCCGAAUUCAGGCAUAAAUUUGAUCAGGAAUUAGAAUUAAUUGAAGACAAUUGGAGGAAAGAAACAAAUCAAUUAAGUGAAUUAGUUUCGAGACUACAAGAAGAAAAUUGCAGACUUAGUAAUUCCCUUGAAGAGAAAGAGAGCUUUUUCCCAGAAAAAUGCCAUAAUUGCCUUACAGAAACAGAUAUUAAAGUGCUUCAGAGAUUAAGAGAAGUUAUAAACAAACAAAGAGAACAACUUCAGUCUCAAGAAAAAGAAUUAUGCAAACAAACCAGUGAAAUUGAGAAUAUGGAAAAACAGAUGGAAAAAUCUUCUCAUUUAAAUAAAGAAUUGAGGAGGCGAAUGAAAUAUUUACAGUCUCAGAUGCAUACGCUAAUUGAAGAAAAAUCUGACCUUCAAGCUCAGGUUCAAGAUCAACAGAGAGAAAUGCAAACUCUAGAGAAAAGGCUUAGUGAAGCUGUAAAGGAAAACAUAGAUUUAACUUCUGCUGAAAUGAAAUUAGUUCCUGAUUUAAGAGGAAAAAUAAUAAUAAAUGCUGAUGAUCCCAAUAGACCACGUUUUACAUUAGAUGAAUUAAGGCACAUAUUAUUUGAACGAAAUGAUUUGAAAGCAAAGCUAAGUGAUCUAGAAGAUGAACUAAGUAUAUACAAACCAAAAGUUCCAAAACCAGAGAAAGCUCUCUCAGCUGAUGAGGAUCUUCCAGUUCAAGGCCCCAUCAACAGAGAGCCAGAUGAAAAAUUAUAUCCUUCAAGAAGUAAACAUGCAGGAAUUAGAAAAUUUUUCAAGUUAUUUAGAUAAGAGCAAAAAUGAGACUUGCUGCCACUUUCAGUUUCCCCUCCAUCAACUGGCCUCGAUUGAAGUACCAAUAACACGACUCUGCUCGGCGACACCGGAAGGGGACGAGACGGGUGCGCCGGGCGACAGCCGAGACCACGAUCCCGUUUUACGUAGCCUGGACGUCGCCCUGCUGUGGCUCCUGCUGUAAAGCCUUCGCGGGAACCGACGUUCUUUUUCGGCUAAUUCCUAAUUAUAUUUUGGUGCAUUAAUAACGUAUUUAACGAUUGUAAAUAUUGAAAGACGAUAGACGUCACGCUGGAAAAUUUUUUUUUAUAAAGGAAUAAGCAGCUUUAAAUCAAAAAAACAGAAGAUAUUUUGCUAAAGGAGGACGAAAAAUAGUGCCAUUCGGAGUCAAAACUGUACAGAGAUUUGUUGAAAAUGUCGAAUUGUUUUAAAGUUUUUGUAUUUCUAAAAGUUAAUAAAAGUUGUUUAUUGAUAGUUCGGAGCUCUUCGAAAAA